AACUAUCAACUCUUUAUGAUAGCCAAACCCAACAUAUCUACAAUUUUUUGUAUGGUCCUAACAAAAGAGUAAGUAGCCAAAACCAUUCCCUACGCUGGAAGAUCAACAAGUUACUAUCCCUAAAACCCAAGCCCAACAAUACUAAUCUAGUACGAAAGAGCCCAACAGAAGAAACAGUUUUCCUUUCCAGACCCUCAGAAUCUGAAAGAUGGAACAAGUGUCGAGCAACCAAAAACAACAGAACGAGUCAUCCUCAGAAUUCCCGAAACGUGUCCAAAAUCCCUGUCUACACGUCUCUUCUUCAACCCGACACCUUUCUUCUCUUCUACGCUAUAUCUCUCUCUCUCUCUGUGCAAAUUGGUGAAUAGCUUCUGCAAAACCCUCAAACCAGAACACACCAGAUCAAGAAAAAUGGAAGCAAUUUUCUUGGCAAAAAGAGCUCUGUUCAACGUCCCAAAAAUCUUCCCUCAGCGCCCUGCUUGUUAUCCCCAUUCCACUACAAACAUCUCCAGAUCAUGCUUCUCCACUACUGCCUUUGAACGUGCCGAAGGGAGUAAUGCAGUGGAAGAAUCCAGAGGAUCGGGAAACAGUAGUAUGCCGGUGAGAGAAGGUAUGAUGGAAGCCCGGCAAAGGGUAGUGGACGCCCCGGACGAGAAGCCGCCUGGAAAUACCAGUAGCUUCGCGGCGGAUACGGCCAAGGAUGGGAUUCGUAAGGCGACGGAGAUAGCAGAGAAUGUGGGGGAGACGGCAAAAGGGACACUGGAUGGAGCGUGGAAAGCUGGGAGGGAAGGUCUGCAGGGUAUCCGGGAGGCAGUGUCGGAUGACCAGAUUGAGGAGGACCCGGCUGUGGGGGAGAUUGAGAAUGUGGAACAGCCUGUUGAUACGCAGGAAUACAGGGGGAUUGAGGAGCUGAAGGGGAAAACAGGAGGGGUUUUGAAGGGUGAUGAUGAUUGAGAAGCCAUUAAUGGUUGGAGGAGGAAAGUUGCAUGGGGACUACAGAAAUAAAUUAUGCUUAAUUUCAAUGUAAUAUUAUGUUCUUUAUUAGUAGUAGUGCUUAAGAUUAUGCAGCCAAAAUAUCAUAUUUCUUAAUUAAAUUAAAUAUAUUACU